CCUCUGACAAUCUGUAUAACAAUUUAACUGGUGUGUAGAAUUGAAAUUUGCAUCGGGCUCAUCUAAAGAAAGGAGAUUUGGAGAACUAUCAGAAUUUCACGUACUAUAAAUAAGCUUUAUGAUUGUUAGGUUGUAUCAAAAUUGAUAGCAGAGGAAGCAAAAAGAAAGAUGGAUAUGUAACAUUUAAAACUUGAAAUAUUACUUGGUCAUAUCGAACUCUUUAUUACCAUAACUAUAUAUGCAGUUAGGUAGACAAUUAGUGCAUAUACACUGAAUAAAGCAUAUUUGAUUAUGUGUUCUUAAAUAUACUGUAAUGAUAUUUUAGAACAAUUAACAGUCCUGAUUGAAUGAAGUUGUACUUAAGUAUUCCAAGAGAAUUCAAUGUUGAAGCACAUGCGCAUUUAUGUCUCUUACAGUUUGGACUUUCCUUUCCUGAUAUGUUCUCCAUACUUGUAUAACAAAUCUACGGUUUUACAAUAAUAGACUGAGCGACAAUAAGUUUGAGGGUUUUUCUGAUAUUUCUGUUUCUAAAUAAAAGAUUUUGUAUACUAAUGUUGUGUUUAGCAUUUGAUGAUAUUUAAGAGUAAUGUUCUUGAGUGAAGUGCUUGUAAAUAAUAUUGAGUAUUUCAUCUAGUACUUCUUGUGAUGUGACCAAACACAGUAAAAUUUGCCAACGUUCCUUUUCAGUAAGGGAGGGGCUAAUUAAGAGCCCUUCAUAAAUACUUUAAAUUGUUUUCAACUGCUUCUAAGAUCUUCAGUUGCAGUGAGCACACACAUAGCUAAAGAUCAAGAAGAACAACACAACACACUAUAAAUGCUGCUGGUUGUGAUAAAUAUUAAGAGAGAAACAGAAAGGCUGUUGGCUGGAGAUAAGGAGGGUGUGGCAAGUGUGACAGAGAUUCAUGGAGAUUGAGGAGGAGAGGGCAAAUGGGAGAAGCUCAGUGGAGGUUACAGAGAGAUCAGAAGAAAGAACAAGUAAGUAUGGGCAGGCUGCCAUUGCUGAUUCUAUGUAUUUGGUUUGGGAAAAUCUGAGUGUUAUGGUUCCAAAUCUUUGGAAUGGACAAAGUAAAAGGCUCCUGCUUGAUGGUCUCAAUGGCUAUGCUGAACCUGGUAGAAUCAUGGCCAUUAUGGGUCCUUCUGGUUCUGGGAAAUCAACUCUUCUUGACUCAUUAGCAGGUCGGCUGGCACAAAAUGCAGUCUUGACGGGAAAUAUUCUUCUUAAUGGGAAGAAGAGAAGGCUAGAUUACGGCAUCGUGGCCUAUGUGACCCAAGAGGAUACAAUGUUGGGGACUCUAACAGUGAGAGAAACUAUAGCGUAUUCAGCCAACUUGAGGCUUCCAAGUUCUAUGACCAAAGAAGAAGUAAAUGAUAUUGUGGAAGGAGCAUUAUUGGAAAUGGGUCUACAAGAGUGUGCUGAUGGGAUUGUUGGAAACUGGCAUUUAAGAGGCAUUAGUGGGGGAGAGAAGAAAAGAUUGGGCAUUGCAAUGGAAAUCCUGACCAGACCAAGCCUCUUGUUCCUUGAUGAACCAACUAGUGGCCUUGACAGUGCUGCUGCUUUCUUUGUUAUUCAAGCACUUCGGAGUAUUGCUCAUGAUGGAAGAACUGUUAUCUCUUCGAUUCACCAGCCGAGUAGCGAGGUUUUUGCUCUGUUUGAUGAUCUUUUUCUACUUUCAGGAGGCCAAGCUGUUUACUUUGGAGAAUCAAAAAUGGCAGCUGAGUUCUUUGCAGAAGCAGGAUUUCCAUGUCCAAGGCAAAGAAAUCCUUCCGAUCACUUCCUUCGCUGCAUUAAUUCAGACUUUGAUGAAGUCAAUAUGACUUUAAUGAGUUCUCAAAGAGAAAACCAAAAACCUAUAGACCCUUUAUCGAAGUUUUCAACAGCAGAGAUGAAAGCAAGACUAGUAGGGAAAUACAAAUGCUCAGAGCAUGAGGCCAAAGUGAAAAUUAGGAUGAGAGAGAUAUCAGAAAUGAAAGGAUUUUCUAUACCAACUAAGAAAUGUGGAAACCAAACUACAUGGUGGAAGCAACUCUCAACUUUGACUAGAAGAUCAACGGUGAACAUGUCCAGAGAUUUAGGCUAUUACUGGAUAAGAAUUAUUAUCUACAUACUCUUAUCCAUAUGUGUGGGCACGAUAUUCACAAAUGUCGGUACAAGCUAUUCCGAUGUCUUUGCAAGGGCAUCUUGUGCAGCAUUUAUAUCUGGAUUUAUGACUUUCAUGGCGAUUGGAGGCUUUCCAUCGUUCAUUGAAGAAAUGAAGGUGUUUCACAAGGAAAGGCUAAACGGGCACUAUGGGAUUGCUGUAUACACGUUAUCACAUUUUCUAUCUUCAUUCCCAUUCUUAGCUUUCAUGUCUGUUGCUUCCGCAACUAUAGUAUUCUACAUGGUCAAAUUCGAAAGCGAGUUCUCUCGUUACGUUUUCAUCUCCCUUGACCUUCUGAGCUCCAUCGCAGUUGUAGAAAGCAUCAUGAUGAUCAUUGCUUCAUUAGUUCCCAACUUUUUGAUGGGUGUCAUCAUUGGAGCUGGUUACAUUGGAAUCAUGAUGAUGACUUCUGGUUACUUUAGGUUUGUACCAGAUCUUCCUAAGGUGUUUUGGCGUUACCCAAUGUCAUAUAUUAACUUUGGCGCCUGGGGUCUACAGGGCGCAUACAAGAACGAUUUGAUAGGGUUGGAAAUCGAUUCGGGUCUACAAGGAGGUCUAAAAAUAAAAGGAGAAGUGAUCCUUGAAAUGUUGCUAGGAUAUCAAGCUCAUCACUCCAAGUGGUUGGAUUUAGGAGCUGUGUUAAUCAUUCUAGUCACUAGCAGGUUCCUCUUUAUUGUCAUACUCAAAUUGAAGGAGAAAAUCUCACCUUUUCUUCAAACACUCUACACGAAGCAAACUUUACGACGUAUCGGUAAGCCAUCCUUGGCUAUUAGAAAAUCUAAAGUCCCACAGUUCCCUUCCAAGAGACAUCAUCAACCUCUUUAUUCAUUGUCUUCUCAAGAAGGUCUCAAUUCCCCAAUCAAUUGAAGUGAGUGGGAUGACAACUUUCUUUCAUACUAUAGUAGCAUUGAAGGAGUUUAAAUUACCCAAUUGAUAGGAAAGGGAAAAAAUACAAAUACAGAGAGAUGGCGAUAAAAACUGUUGUUUUGUUCAUUGUUGUUAUUACAACUCAAACGACAAAUAGAGACUGUCAUCUAUUUUAAAUUGCUGUAUUUAUGAAAUUAUUUAUUAUAAUUUUCACUCUUGUCGUUCAUAAUUAAAAAAUUUUAUAUAGCAACAUUUCAAAUUCUAUCUA